GCCCUGCAUAAUCAUCGCGCUUCCACAACAAAAAGGUGAAGCAAAGCCAAAAUAAUCAGAAACCGUAUAUACAUACAUACGUAUAUACCCAAGUGAGGAAAUGUGAAAAUGUGUAGAAAGUGGAAUGAAAGAGCUGUUGGUAUGUGCAGUAAAGGCAAGGCCAGCAUAUCAAAAAUAUAAAAAUUGAGGCAAAAGAAUUUUAAAACGCAAAAGCUCAGCAAAUUAAAGCUGACACAAACGCCCUUUGCCCAGCUGCAGUUUCAAAUGCGAGGAUAUAAGCCUCUAGCCCCUACCAAUGUUGGCGCUAAAAACGUGGCGCGAAUAAGUGACGUGUAAUUUCAUUAAAUUUAAUACAAGUGGAAGGGAAGUAAAGCAAGUUGACAACAAGCGAGUUCUGCAGAAAUAAAUGUAGCGGCCGCAGAGAAAAUGCUUGCUUAUAUAAAAGCGCGGUGUUCUAUUGAAAUGCUGAAGUAGACAUCCAUUUGAAAAUUAAACAGAUAACACAUUUAACAGGGACAAUUUGGAGUUUUCUCUUCCAAAGCGAGUCAGGAUUUGCGCAGUGAAGACCGAUUCACGGACAAAUGUUGAAAGGUGUACUCGGUUCCAGAUAUAUAUUUUCGAAUAUAACAAAACUCAAAUGCUCGUGCGAAUGGAUCAGUUGAGCUCAAAUACAUCAUCUCAGAGAGAUUGCGAGAGAGUAGCGAGUAUAAAAUUAUAAACGCCAAGAGAUGAAUGAAUGAUGUUGUGUAAGGAAGUAUAAAGAAGAAGUUCGUCAGUAAAAUAUGGAGAAAGUGUCAAGUAAUCUUAGAGUGAAGAAGGAGAUUGAAAAUAGUACAUAAAAUGAACAUUGAAGUCACUAAUUAGCAUGAAAAUUAGAUCGAAGUCUACGGAAAAUUAAGGCAAUUUAUGUACAACUAAAUGCGGCAACUUUUGCAAUUAACACAAGAAAAGCAAUUUACCUAAUAAACACUUAAAAUUCUUAAAACUGCUGGUAAUAUAAAGUUGUAUGAAUUUGUUGCGAAAUGGCGGUUGAAAUAAGGACAACGGGAAGCCGCGACAGCAGCAAGUGCAUGGCAUAAUUUCACCGUCAUUAUAAACAGAGAACGCCAUUAUACGCAAACCGUUAGGUGCAUAAAUAGCAAUAACAAUCAUUUUAGUUAGCACCGAGCAACCAACAAGCAUCCAGCGAGCGGAUUGAGGCUGCAACAACGCCAACAGCAGCAGCAACUUUAGCUGCAGCCAGAGUCAUAAAUUUAGAGGGGUGCUACAUAGCGCCAUUAUGAUAAUGUUACCGCGUUAUUUGUACUUGCUGGAAACAAACACCACCGUACUUUCCAUAUUCUUCCUACUCUUGGCAUGUGUCGGCGGCGGCGGCGGCAACAGUGGCUCAUUCGCCACAGCGGCAACAGCAACGCAUGGUGCGAACAAUCAAAAUGCCAACACACGAAAUUACAGCCGCAGCGGACGUGAUGUCACUGUUUAUGGGGGCAGUAGUAGCAGCUCCUCAGCGGUGUUUCGUGCGCUUGUCUCCGCCUCAUUAACGGACAACAACAAUCGCCUGCAGUCGGCCGCCGCAUUAGCGUCCGAAGACAAUAGCUUGCAAAUGUCGCUAGUCUCCUCACCGAUAACAACUGCCUCACUGACUGCCAAUAAUAUAUUUUUGGGUCCAUCACUCUCGCUGACAAGCAGCAGCGCCGCAUCUGCUACCUCUGGCGCUGGCUCAAUGCUACAAUCCGCUUCACUGGCGGGCGGUGCCGGUAGCAGUAGUGGUGGCGCUGGUGGAGCUGGCGUAAGUAAUAGCGGACGUAGUGGUCGGCAAAAUGUUGGUGGCGGCAUAACCAACAACAACGUCAAUAGUCAUACACAUGGAGAUCAACUGCCAGCGCAAUUAUCCUCGCGCAUUAUACACACACGCAACGGCGCCAUAUCCGGUGUUAUUGUACAACUUGAAGGUMGGCACUUGGAUCCGGUGGAAGCGUAUCGCGGCAUACCAUAUGCCUCGCCACCUGUGGGCAAUUUGCGUUUCAUGCCACCUGUUUCGGCGGCCAUGUGGUCGGGCGUUAAGAAGGCAGAUAGAUUUAGUCCGGUUUGUCCGCAACGCCUACCCGACAUCGCCAACGAGACAGCCGCUUUAGAGCGUAUGCCCAAAGGACGGCUGGAGUAUUUGAAGCGUCUAUUGCCGUAUCUGCAAAAUCAAUCGGAAGAUUGCCUAUAUUUGAAUAUUUACGUGCCCAUACAAGUCGCUUCACGUGACGCCUCAGGCAGUGGCAGCAGCAGCAGCAGCGGAUCAAGCAACAAUGCGGGCGGUAGUAGUGGCAGUGGUGGCGGACAAACUAGAUACCCGGUUGUAGUGUUUGUACAUGGCGAAUCCUAUGAAUGGAAUAGUGGGAAUCCGUAUGAUGGCUCGGUGUUGGCGAGCUUUGGACAAAUACUUGUCGUCACAAUAAAUUAUCGACUGGGCAUACUAGGUUUCUUAAAUGCCAAUACAGAUCGCUACUCGAAACUGCCAGCCAACUAUGGCCUAAUGGACAUCAUUGCCGCGUUACACUGGCUUAAGGAAAAUAUUGCUGCAUUUGGUGGCGAUCCACAGAGUAUAACCCUAGCGGGUCAUGGCACCGGAGCAGCCUGUGUGCAUUUCCUCAUCUCCUCACUGGCGGUGCCAGAAGGUCUCCUGUUUAACCGCGCCAUACUGAUGUCCGGCUCAGGCUUGGCACCCUGGUCGCUGGUAAGCAACCCUGCUAAAUAUGCGGCCAUCGUUGCGCAUCACGUGAACUGUGCGCCCGACCUGUCACAUGCGCAUCUAAUGAAGUGUCUACGCGACAAGACACUGGAGCAGCUGCUGAGCGUGCCCAUACGACAGCCAGAGUUCGGUUUCGCCUUUGGUCCCAGUAUAGAUGGUGUGGUCAUUGAUGGUGGUGAUUAUGUACCGCCAGCGCCCGGUUCGGCUGCUGCACAAGCCCAAGCAUCGACUGCUGCCGGCGGUGGCCUCGGCGGGGGUGCAGGCAUCGCAGCAGCGGGUGGUUGGGGUACGCCAGGACAGUUGGAAAAUAUCGUAUUAAUGAGGAAAACAGCCAUUAACAAGCUGUCGAGAUAUGACCUGUUGGCUGGCGUGACACGUGCCGAGGCAUUUUUCUCCUUCAAUUCCGGCGACGUACAGUACGGCAUCGAAGCGGAUCGUCGCUCAAAAAUACUAAAGGCCUACGUACGCAACACGUACACGUAUCAUCUGAACGAAAUAUUCGCGACGAUUGUUAAUGAGUACACGGAUUGGGAGCGACCCGUACAGCAUCCAAUCAAUAUACGCGAUGAAACACUGGAAGCGCUCAGCGAUGCACAAAUUGUGGCUCCCGCUGCCCAAACCGUCGACUUACACUCGGCGGAUCAUCGCAAUUCGUACUUGUACGUCUUUGACUAUCAGACGAGAUAUGGGGAUUAUCCUCAGCGCCAAGGCUGUAUUCAUGGCGAGGACUUACCCUACCUGUUCGGCGCACCUUUGGUGGGUGGUUUCAGUCAUUUCACACGAAAUUACACUAAAACAGAAAUUAAUCUCUCGGAGGUGGUAAUGCUGUACUGGUCGAACUUCGUGCGUACAGGGAACCCGAAUGAACAAAUGGAAGGCGAACAUCCCGGUAGUCGACAGGAGCGAAGUCGAUACAAAACGGUUGAAUGGACCGCUUACGAGAGUGUGCAUAAAAAGUAUCUCAAUUUCGACACAAAACCCAAACUCAAAAAUCACUAUCGCGCUCACCGCUUAUCCUUCUGGCUGAAUCUCAUUCCCGAUCUGCACAAGCCAGGCGGUGACAAUGUGCCCGCCGCACAUCACCAGCUGCUGGAUGAUACCGAUGAUGAUGUCGACAAUAAUAUCGCCAGUGACGGUUCCGUUAAGCCACUGAACCCACCCUAUUCGCCGCAUGCUGGCAGCGCGGCGCUUGGCAAUUUCACAUUAUUUACUAAUCAAGUAUUCUCACUGCUGAAUCUCUCGUCACCCUCAUCGGCGCGUAAUGGCACACGUUAUGGCGGCAAAAUGUAUGGCGCUGACGACAGCGGGGAGGCGCAUGCCGCCGGAAGUGGUUCGCCACCGGAUGGCCAAGACGGUUUCGCUGCCUACUCCACCGCACUGAGCGUCACAAUUGCAAUUGGCUGUUCACUGCUCAUCCUGAACGUGCUCAUCUUCGCUGGUGUUUACUAUCAACGUGACAAGACGCGCUUGAGUGAGCCACGCGCGCAGACGAAGCUGAAGCGCCAAGAAAACGGCCAAAUGCCGAAUAACAUAUGCGGCGAUCUCGAAACCUUAACGAUACACACGAAAAACGAUCCGGCGACGAUACUUUCGCAUCACCACGCGCUGCAGCAUCAACACCAGCUGCCACCACCCGAAUUCGCGGACAUACCACACCGUGCGCCGCCGCCGCCAAAACAUUUAAAAUCGCUGCAGGAUGCGAGCGGCAACAUUAAUAUGGGUGGCGCGCUCGGUGCGCCGGGAAGCGCGGCAAGCGGCGGUGGUAUGGUAGGUGGUGCUAURGGUAGCAGCGGCGGCGGCGGCAAUGCUGCUGGUGUUGGGGGUCUGGGUAGCGCCGGCGGGCAAGGUGGUAGUGGGCCCAGUGGCAGCGGAGGCGGCGGCAGCAUGAUGGGUCUAAUGCCACCACCGCACGCGUUGCAAGUCAUGGGCAAUCAAUGUGGCACGCUUACCAAAAAGAGUUGCAUGAAACAAACACAACAGCAGCAGCAGCAACAACAGCAGCUGGUGGUUACACAUCAGCAGCAUUUGCAGAAUCAUCAUAAUCAAAGCAUGACGACGGCUUUAAUGGGUGGCGGCGGUGGUGCGGUUGGUCCACCGCCACCUUCGGUGUCCAGCGCACAAGCGCACUCGCACGCAAAUGUGCAACAGCAGCAACAGCAACAGCAGCAGCAACAACAUCAUCAGCAAGCACAACUACAACAAAUCCAACAGCACCCACUAAUGGAUGAGUUGCGAGUGUGACAUUAAUUAACAGUGCGUUUCAAAUGUGAUCUCUAGCGGUGAUUAAAUGAUUGUGAUGUGAAAUGAAGUGGAAACGGGUGCCGCACAAUGCCACACAGCUCGAUUAAAGUGUGUGUGGCUGUGUGUUUGUCGCUUUGUGUAUUUAUGAGUGUGUGGGUGUGUGGUUCUGAGCGUGUAGUGCAUGUGCGUGAAUUUAAUCGUGUGCGGCGUUCUUGGUGAUAGCGCCCAUUACCUAUUCUCUCUGCGGGCGUCUGUACGCCAUUGCAUUUAGUAGCAAAGCAAAACGGGAUUACAUGACGUAGGCGCAUUUUGUUAAUUAGUAUUAGAUAUAAAACCAUUCUUGUAGGUAUAUAUAUACUAAUCCCGAGGAAAAAGUUGUAUUAAGUCGUGGUGCUUGGCACAAAACCCAAAUAUUAUUUCAAAACACGUUCUAACUGUAGCCAUACUUAGUAUAAAGUUUUAAAACUGAAAUUUCGAUUGUCAUCAAAAUUGAAGUUUAACAAUCAAAUAUUUUGUAUAUAGUAAAACUAAAGUUAUAAAACCAUAAAGCGUGCAAACUGAUGAAUCAUUAGCAAGAAUUAUAGUUACGAAGCUGCUUUUCCAAACAUUUUAGAUUCGUUUAUGGUUUUGUUAGAAUUAAUUAUAAUAUUUCGUUUUGAUAUGAAUUUUGUUGUAUACAAAUUUUAAAAACUCUAAACAACUGAAAUAAUUGCGUUGAAGCAAAUAGCAAACAAUUGAGAGACAGGAUUAAAUUGCCAACAUAUUCAUAUGUAACUAAAGAGCCACUUUAAAACGAAUUCAUGUACUCCUUUAUAUUUUAAAAGCUAUCAAGUUAUUAUUUUGGCCUAUCAUUUGAAAACUUCCUGAUCAUUAAACGAAAAACUGUAUAGUCAUUGAGGAAGUUGCAAGCUAUUUCAUAUUUGGAAUUAUAUUUCUGUCAUGAACGAUGGUCUCGUAAAAUUCUUCUGGAAUUAGGAGCUCUUUAAUUACACAUUGUCACUCGAGCAUUUAACUAAUUGUCUAUCGUAUGGUUAUUGACUCCAAGCACUCACUGCAUUUUCGUAUUCACCGGAAAUCUUCAAUAGUUUAUAGAUAUUUUUAGUUUUUGUGGGGUCCGAGGCAUUAAUAUCUAUGAAAAAUGGUGCAAAAGAAACACUUAAGAGAAGAGCUAUACAUAAAUGAUUUUAUAUGAUCGAUAGAAAAGCGAUUCCCACUGAACCUUCUUAUUGGCCGCAAUAUAAGUGGACUGCUUACUAUUUGAUAUCGGUAAUAUAUUCACUUUGCCGCAUGGAAUAUGUGAAUAUCACUACUUUGUAUAAAUUUUGUCUUAGAACUUUCAAUUUGAUGUAAGAAUCUUACUGAAGACUCCUUCUUCCUACCUACUCAUAUUAGCGCAUUUCCAAAGCAUCUCCAGAUUCCAGCAACAUUGCUGGGUAUUUUAAUCAGAGCUAAUCAAAAUUUCAGCACAGUUGGAAUAAUUUUAUGAACCUGUCCGACACGAUGAAAUAAAGCCGCUAAAGUUCCAACGUAUUUAGCAAAAACGCUCUGCUACAAUUGACAAUAGUUUCAUUCUGCAAAAGGAUCUGAUAUAACGAAGCAGCGAAGUAUCUUCAGUUAGGUCCAGUCUGUCAAAAAAUAAUAAUUUGCUAUAAAGAAAUGUAAAGUAAUUACUUUGAACAAACAGAUUACUAGCUUCCACAAUGCGGAGAAAACCUCCCAAGAACACGUGCUAAACGUUCAUUUUCCCAUUUUUAUUUAAUAUGUUUUUGCUUAGGCAAAGCACCUCCGAUGUUUAUUGGUAUUGUCUGUUAAAUGCUUAAAGAAACCCUGUCUGACCUUAAAUUCUAUACAUACGUUAGAUAAUACAUAAUGACCAGUGACGAGUGAUAUUAUCCUUAGCAAAGUAGCAGGAAUAUAAUACAAUAUAUAGCCGUAAGGAAUGAGAAAGAAAUUCGGAUGAAAUCCCAACAUAGCUUUGGCUACCAAAGUCUUCAGUUCUUCUAUAAACUGAAAACAUUUAAUUUUUUGAUGAUAUUUUGUCUGAAAAUACAAAAAAAAUAUUAAACGUUUUUUUUUCAAAUUAUUUGUUUUUCUAUGUAGUCACAGUGGUGAAAAUUUUGCACCUGCGAAAGAUUAACGCUACUGAGCAAAAAUAUUUUGUAAGAAUAAAAGCUAUACUCCGCUUAUUUUCGGUUGAAGCUGCCAGCUUAAUGAAAAUCAGUUCUUGCUUUUGCAAUCUCGAGUCUGAAUAUGGCAGUAUUUAACUCCACUCUCUUAUAUUCCUGGUUUACUCUACCAGCCUGCUGCUAACACGAAGUUUGUUAAGCAUUGAUUCAUUUAUUAUAAAUUCUUAAAACUUUCUAAAUUAAUAGCAUAUUGGUUCCCUACUAGACACACUAGACACUGAUAUAACAAAUUUAAAGUAGCUUUCCGUAUUUGUGUAAAUUAUUCUUCCAAAGACUGAUUAAGUGUGUAUAUAAUAGUUACCAUUAGUGUGCAACUAAUACAAAAUUAAUGUGUAUAUGUGUGUAUAAGUAGGUUUGUAUGAACUAAUAUGUGUGAAGUAGAUAAUUUUAAUGCUUGUAAAUAAGGAAAGGUAGCCGUAGUACCAAACCAAAAUGAAAGUUGUUAGAAAAUUUUCACACAAACAAAAUGUAGGCUAAUGAAUUGAUAGGCAGAAUUUUGGUCAUUGCAAUGCGAAGGAGAUAGGAGAUAGAUUGUGUUUUGACACCUAUGUUCCAGUAGUUAAGUAGUUUACUAUCUUCUUGAACCUAAAACGGGUGAAUAAGAUUAGUCUUUAGAUUUUGUUUGUUGCUAAGAGAUAUAAACACUAAAAAAAUAAAACAAAGAA